AUGUCGCGCCCCGAAGACAUUCUCCCGCCGGACCUCUUCUACAAUGACUCCGAGUCCCACAAGUACACGACGUCUUCGCGUAUCCAGCACAUCCAGGCGUCCAUGACGAAGCGCGCGCUCGAGCUCCUCGACCUGAGGCGGCCCUCGUUCAUUCUCGACGUAGGCUGCGGCUCCGGGCUGUCGGGGCAGAUCCUGUCGUCCACGGAUCCGGCCGAGGGCGGCCCGCACACGUGGAUCGGCAUGGACAUCUCGCCGUCGAUGCUGGGCGUAGCGUUGGAGCGCGAGGUCGAGGGCGACCUAUUCCUGGCCGACGCGGGCCAGGGCGUGCCCUUCCGCCCCGGCACUUUCGAUGCCGCCAUCAGCAUCUCGGCCGUCCAGUGGCUGUGCAACGCCGAGAGCAGCGACGAGACGGCCCAGGGUCGCCUGAGCCGCUUCUUCGGCGGGCUGUACGCGAGCCUGCGUCGCGGCGGCCGCGCCGUCUGCCAGUUCUACCCUAAGAACGACCAGCAGAAGGGCAUGAUCAGCCAGGCCGCCAUCCGCGCCGGCUUCGGCGCAGGCCUGCUCGAGGACGACCCCGGCACCAAGAGUGCCAAGACAUACCUUGUUCUGACUGUCGGCGGAGGUGAGCUGGAGGGAGAUAUCACGGGCGUUGUCAAGGGCAUGGACAACGUCGACGUGAUGGACUCGAGGAAGCGAAAGUCGCAGAUGAAGAGAGGAGAGGACAAGAAGGGGAGCAAGGCGUGGAUCAUGCGCAAGAAGGAACAGAUGGAGAGGAAAGGCAAGGUUGUCAAGGCUUCGUCCAAAUACACUGGCAGGAAGAGAAGAAUCCAGUUCUAG